ACAGCCUGUGAAUGUGCCAACGUGAUAGCUCUCCACAGUAGGUUGUCCGACCGACGACCACAUCUUCUGCAAAUUGCAAUGGAGGCAGACAAGCUAAGUAACGUUAACUCAAAAAAAUAGACACCGGUUUUACUGCAGUUUAGAUAUUAAUACAUCGAUGACCAAUUCGAAUGCAAGUAUCGUGUCUCUGAAUAGGUGUUAUGUAAGUGAAAUAGCGUGCAGUGCGCUUUUGCAAAAAUAUAUCUAGUUGAUAUGAUAGCUAGUCUGCUAACCUAGCCACCUAUAUGUAGCUAGCUAGUUAGCUAUGCCAGUUAACGUUUGAAUCAGCUAAUUUGUCGCGGGCUGCACUUUGUUUUGCUGUCAACCAUCUCGACGAUUUGCAGAACCAUUAAGGCUUUGAUCUUGUGAAGGUCUGUCUGUCCUCCUCACCACAGUCCCCCUCAGCACGUUCCCCCCACCCCUUGCCCUGGCCAUGACCUCAGGUGAGACCGUGCACUACAUCCACCUCCACAACUCCAGCCAGUCGGUGCUGGAGGCGCUGCGCUCCCAGCGCCGCGAGGGCCUCUUCUGUGACGUGACGGUGCGUAUCCACGACGCCUCGCUGCGGGCGCACGCCUGCGUGCUGGCCGCCGGCAGCCCCUUCUUCCAGGACAAGCUCCUGCUGGGCCACUCGGAGAUCUCGGUGCCGCCGCUGGUGCCGGCCGAGACGGUCAAGCAGCUGGUGGACUUCCUGUACAGCGGCUCGCUGGUGGUGCUCCAGUCGCAGGCACUGUGCAUCCUCACGGCCGCCAGCAUCCUGCAGAUCAAGACGGUCAUCGACGAGUGCACCCAGAUCAUCUCGCAGAAGCGCGGCGUGGUGGGCGGGGGAGCGGGAGGGGGCGGUGGGGCUGGCAGCGGGGGCGCCGGCGGCGGCGGCGGUGGUGGUGCGGCGGGCGGCGGAGGAGGCCUGCCUACGGGCGGAGUCCUGCCCAAGCAAGAGGAGCGAGGAGGGAGCAAGGGGAGGGAUAGCGUCGGGGGCAGCAGCAGCGGCAGCGGCUGUUUCCCGGGUUUCGCCAACUUCGGCAUGGGCGACUGCAGCGCGGCGGGCGGCCUCGGAGCCAACAUGGCAGCCGGCGUGGUGGCCACCAGCCAGAGCGGGCCCAACCCUCUCGACCCACCCACCUCCAUGGGCAUGAUCUCCCUGGGGGACAUGGGGCCCGGGUCCAUGUGCCGGGCAGACGCCUUGGUCUCCACGGCGGGCUCCGGCAUCCUGAAGCAAAACUCCAGCUGCGCCCAGGACAUGCGGUACAAGCUCCGUGACCUGCUGGCCCAACCCGGCGACGGUAGCGUUGGCGGUGGCAGUGUGAGCGCCAGCAGUGACGCGGGCAGCGCCCCCUCCACCUGCAGCUCAGCGGUGGGCGGCGCGGACGGCAGCGGCGGCAUGGGCAGAGACAGCAUGCGCAGCAACAUGUCCGACCUGGGCUCGGUGGGCGAGGACCUGGUGGUGGGGAUGGAGCGCUACAGCGAAGAAGAGGACAUGGAGGGUCAAGACCGCGGGCGAGACGGAGACAGGGAGAGGGGAGUAAGCCAUAGCCGCAAGCAGAGGCAACCACUCAGGUUACAGGUCCUUGGAGGAGAGGAGGUGGUGGUGAAGGACGAAGGGGUCCAGGAAGCAGACGGCAGCCUGUUUGGCCUUGACCAGGGCAGGCAGGGGGGAGACCACGACGCAUCCCAGCAGAUGGCCACCUUUGGUCAGGAGGGGGUUUUCUAUGAUGAGCAGGGCGUGUUCUCAGAGAGCUUUUGGCCACAGACCGAACCACCUCAGUCCAUGAGUUUUAAUCCUCGAGGGCGAGUCAACAAGCCGCUCUCUCCGCCAACCUCAACGCAGUCCAUCAACAAUCAGCUGCUUUUCCAGUACCCGGUCAGCCAGUCGCAGCCCUCGUCCUUCUACGUGGGCGCCCCCAUGGUGAUUGACAGCAUGGCUGGGGCGGAGACCAAUCAGCCGGCCCAGCCGCCGGCGCCGCUCACCCCCGCCCCUCAGGCCACGGCUGGGGCCUGCUCCACGGGGCCCUCCCCCUCCUCCCAGGGAUCCGAGACGUCGUUCGACUGCACCCACUGCGGGAAGUCCUUGCGCUCCAGGAAGAACUACAGCAAGCACAUGUUCAUUCACUCUGGCCAAAAGCCUCACCAGUGCAGCAUCUGCUGGCGCUCCUUCUCUCUGCGCGACUACCUCCUCAAGCACAUGGUGGUGCACACGGGCGUGCGCGCCUUCCAGUGCGCCGUCUGCGCCAAGCGCUUCACGCAGAAGAGCUCGCUCAACGUGCACAUGCGCACGCACCGCGUCGAGCGCACCUUCUCCUGCCCCGUGUGUCACCGCGCCUUCACUCACCGCACCCUGCUGGAGCGUCACGCCCUGCAGCACGGCCACGCCGGGUCCCACGUGUCGUCCAAGCUACCGGGCAGCGGAGGCAUGGCCGGCACCAACCCUGGCAUGGGUGGCGGUAGUGUACCGGGGCACGGCUCCUCUACCUAGCUAACGGCUAACCAGUCAGCGGUCGGUGGUUUUAAGGGUUUACGAGUUGAGUUUGGAGAACGCUAAAAAAGAGGGGAAGGGGUGGGGGGAGGGCGGAGUUGAGUGAGAGCAUGGUCCAAAGCCUGUUAUUUUUUUUCCUCGUUGUUGCUGUUGUUGUUGUUAUUGUUUGUUUCAGGAGAAAGGGAGGGUAGUGGAUCAGUUUCCAGUUGCAUGGUAAGUGAUUUUUUUUUUUAAAAGAGGGUUGAAAAAAAAAAAAAAAUAAGAAAAACAUCCGCACAUAUGACAGCAUGGGAAUAUUUACCAUGGGGAAAAUUAAGUUUGGAAUGACACAUCAUUACAUACCUCAGUUCAUGAAGAAACCGGAAAAACAAAGAACACCUCUUUCAAUGUGAAAAUUGCCUCUCAGUUUCAAAUGUGAUGUCUAUAUAUUGUGUACGUGUUUUCAUUUGUUUAUGUUUUUAUAAUGUACUCUUAAUCUGAAGCUAUAGCUAUCCUUUGGCCGUUAGGAAAGGCCAGCUCAGCCACUUACUAACAGAUGGCUUUAAACUAAGAAAGAAAACUAUUCUAAAGAUUUUUAUUUGCCAGUGAGUUGUCAAGUGAAUUAAUGUAUUUUUAAAAAAUGCUCUUAAAAUUUUUGUAAUCAUCAGGAAAUAAUUCAAGGUAGAAACUUAAGAAAAAAGAAACAAAAUCAUGGAAUUGAUAUUUUAUGUUUUAUUAAUACAAUCUGUGCCUGGUGCUUAUGCCUCUUGGUGAUGUCUGUGUACAGGGCACUUGCACAUAGGGGUUUAGAUGUUUUGACUGAAGCACCUCAUAACUCAUAACUAAAGAAUUGCACAAAUUAGAAUAGACUUUCAUCAAAGCUUGAGUAAUGCAUGCUCUAUCUCAGUCAGGGUAUAUAUGUUUGACGGUGAUUUCCCGAUUUCGCUCUGACAUUUUUUUUAUCGACUAAAUUUAGUGAACAGAAUUUUCUCAAAGUCAGUACAGUACAGAGAGUACGGUACAAUUAAAAAAAAAAAAAAAAAAAAAAAAAAAUAUAUAUAUAUAAGCUACAACUUUUUGUAUAAAAGAUUAUCAAGCCUUAUCUUGCAGCAUUCUGUACCUCGGACAUGCAUUAUGACGAUGUUAGUUUGUAGAAUUUGAGCUGAUUUAGAUGUGGUGUAUAGGAUUUUUCUCUUGCGCUGUCUACAAUCAGAAACAAAUACCUUGUACAAAAAAACUCAAAGGAAGUUGAGAAUCUAUUGUAGGGCAUGUUCAGUGAGAUCACUGUACGAUCAUGAGUUUGCUAAGACCAGAGAAAGGCCCGUCAACGAAUCAGUCAGUUGAUUGAAAGAAUUGUGAUUGUGAAAGACAUAGUCGAAGGCUUGUGGAGGACAAAGACCCUCUGUGGCAAAGGGAGAGAGCAGUAGCCCUCCCAACAUCAAACCCAGGUCUACAGGGGCAAUAGCCAUGCAGUCUGACCACCACAGCUAAGAGCAAGGCUCCAGUGAAUGGUGGUCAGAGCACAUACUCAGUGACAGUCUACCCACACACUUUCCAUAUUGUUGUUUUCACUGAAGUACCCAUCAGUUUACCUUUUGUCAUGAAAACCAUUGCUUUAUUCAGUAUUUAUGAAAUGAUUAGCAGCUAGUGAUGGAGUGCUUUGAUUUGCAACUUUGUUUUCAUAUCUGUGUGGUAGUGAUGAAUGAGCAAGUCUGAGGGAGGAGAUGUGUUAGGAUGUGUUUGAGUACUGGAGGUUAUAGGGAAUAUACUCCACGUCCUCAUUUAGUUGGAUAAACACCAACAAAGGCAUAGCCCCAGAUCUGACCUGUGGGCUCUAAUUUGAAACCAAUACACACCAUCAUCAACAGGCUUCAGUGUUGUGAGAACCACACAUUGAGAACAAGCAGAGAUACAAAAAACAUAUUGGUAGUUAUAAUUUAUUGAUACAGCACAGGGCUCAAUCAAACAUCAAUUAUUGGUACCAUUAGUAGUAAUUUAGUAGCCUGGAAGCCAGACUGAAUUAACCCAGCCCACUACAUUUUGAGGGCAGGAGUCAUUUGGUCUGUAGUUGCUCCAGUGAGAAGUCUAUAUAGACAGAUGAGUGGCAGUGAAGCAGUCAUCCACGUCACCUGAGCGCUUGAGUUGAUUUUGUUUACACCAAAAUUGCACCGCUGGAGAAGCGAGAUGUUUAGAUUUUGCUAUCGAGUUUGUUACGGAAGAUAUUGACGGCGCAAUAACCUUGUAAUGAAUUAGCUUUCAAUCACGUGCCGAUGGCUUUAGUGUAUUGCCUGCUGUGUAGUGAGUCAGACAUAUUAGAGUGCUAUGUCUCGUAGCUUUAGUGGCUUUGGACGAAAGUGUUUCUUUGGUGAAACUGUUGGUGGUAGAAUGAAUUACAGGAUGGUCCUGUUGAGCACCUGUUGAAAACAGGAAGUCUGUCUACUGAAGCAGGAGCAGGAGACCAGAUAUUCCCCUCUGCAACAGCAGAUGGGGAGUGAUGUCUCACAGAGAUGAGAGUGCCAUGGCAUGUGAAAUGCCCUUCCAAUCAUGAUCAUAUGCUUUGCAGUCAUGGUCACAGCUCUUGGUUGCACUUGAUUUCAUCUGAACAUGCCAAAUGCGUAGGCUUGAGCGUGUAUUUAGAAGAAAAUAGAAUUCCAUUAUUAGUGUGAUAACAAUUUAAUAACAUCAUGCCCAAACUAUUUGUUUAUAGUUUUAUUGAAAUGCACUAUGAGAUGAAAGCCAACUCAAAAAAUUAAAUCCCCCUGGUGAAUUCAGGAUGUUUUUUUAUUUUAAAUUUAAAAUGUUAAUUUUGGUAAAAUUUAAAUAUUGUUAACAAAGCACACAGCAGCCAAAUGGAGAUUUUUUUUUCAGGUCUCCAUAGCACUUCUUAAUCAGCUGAGCUGAUUCAAAAGUCCAGCUGUAGGUGUUGAAUAGUAGGCCUAGUGUCUGUGAUUAACAGGCUGUAGACAUGUAUAUAGAAUUUCAUCAACCAACACAAGUAUUGUAUCUGUGUCACACCCAUAUUCAGGGAUUUGAGACAAGGUCAAUAGACAUUAAGGGUAACCUCUCUGAAAUUCCUUAUUCAAAAAGUAAAGUUGUGUCCAGAUUCAGCACCCGAUAGGAAAUAGAGGGAACCUCCGUUCAAAUCUUGCAUCCAUGCAUUUUGUCUGUAGUAGUUUACAUAGUGUAUGUUGCAGUGCUAGCAGAUCAUUUUGACUGGUGGAAACAAAACUACCUCAUUCAUCAUAUCAUGUAAUUCAAUGGCAGUAUACUCUCUGAGGGGAAUCAUUAGCAGUUCCCAGGGUUGGAGGAAACCAUAACUCGUUUGACUUGUAAGCCAAGAAAUGUUUUGUCUAAGCAGGUCAGCCAAGUGUAGGACAUGGAAACUCGAAUACUAAUUCAGAUUAGUAUUGAGAGUGAACAUGCUUGAAACCUGUGUUUCAAAGAUAGCUCAGUGGUGGGAUUCAGAAAUUAGCUCAACAGUGUACGUAGUGUCUACUAAAUGAGAUUGUACCAUUCAAGCUGUUCAGGUGUCCCAAAAUCCAUGAUAAUAACCGGUUUUACCUCAUUGUAUAGCUCAGUAUAAUUCACUUGAAAUCACGCACACAUACAUUUGUUCUGUUAUCUCUAUUGGAGGAAAGAUUCACUCUCGUUAAUUUCCAUCUGUGUUCAUGUUAGUUUGAGAUGCAUCAAUUAGAAACAGCAGAGAAAUGAUCAUGGCCAGAGUAGAAGCUUUCCUACGCCAUGUUAGAGUAGCAGCACCACCACACUUUGGCAGCAGCUUGUGGCUUGCUAUGGGACAGUAACGUUUGUAUCCAUUCAUAACCAGAAGAGGAGGGGUCUCAGAUGUGGUUGAAAAAGGCCAGGGAAUCAAAUCUACCUAAGGCACACAUUAGCAAGGGGGCAUCCAUCAAGUUCUUGCGUGCCCCCUUCAACCUUGCCCUGACAUUUCAUGUGUCAAUUAUUGUUUUGAGAUUGGAGGGGGGUGGGAGUGUAGAACAUGUAUUCCCUUGAUACAUCUCAUUGGCCCCCUUUAGAACCUGUAGAACCUCUGUUGAUUUGUAGCAGGUGCAGGUCAGGCCGAAAGAGAGAUGUGUUCGUUUAGCAGGAGCUGUGCAUCUAGAGAGGUUGAUGAGGGACAUUCUCUCCAUGGUAUUGGUGGCAUACCUUGGAAGGGUGGCUUGGAAGGACAUAUCACUGAUUGAUUAUAUAAGGUAAAAUUGUGUGCAAGAUAAGGUUAGUGAUUUCCUGGUCCACAGAAUGGCUCCACGGCUUCUGCAGUUUCCCAAGCUUGCCUGCUGAGUGCUUUAAAGGACAAGGGAGCAAACAAAGCCUUAUGCUCACAGUCUCAUUGCCUUUGAUUGGCCAGGCUGGUUGACAUUCUGGGUGUGCUAUUCGCCCACCAUGUGUGCUACUUAGUAUAGACCCUUUCUUGGAGGUUUGUUCUCUUCUACCUCUGCAGUCGGUACCUAGACAAGUACCCUUUACCCGACAGCCCUUGCAUGGGCAGUAUGAUUGUAGCCACUGUUCCUGUUGGGUCCCUUGGAUGUGCUUCCUUGGCGAAGCAGUCCAGCAUUAGGACUAUGUGUUACGUGAUGGAACUAUGCAGACAUAUUUUGGGAAUGGUGAGUUCCCGCACAUCCAGUAGUCCUGUGUGUGGCGUGAGACCUCUUAAUGGACUGUUGGAGGUCGAAAGGCCUUUGGGGGGGGGUGUUUGUGGUUAUUUUGCCCAGGAGACAUUGAAAACUAAUGACGGUCUGCCUGGACUCCAUUCCUUAGCACUCCAAAAGGAACUGUAUGGGCAGUGGUUGUAGUAGAGGGUUCUGUAAAUGUAACUUGUGUUUAGACCACUGCCAUACCUCAUAAACUGCACACCACAACCUCACUUAACAGUAUGUGCUUUUUACCAAAGUAUUUGGCGCUUUAGGGGGCACGUUCAUUUAAACUAAUCUGCUUUCUUUGCCCCUGAAUAUUCAUCUGCAUUGACAGAAAUAUCACCUUUCCUAAGUCAGGAACAAUGGAACAAGAAGACUUUCCUGUAUAGUUUCCACCAAUCAGAAUUAUCCAACUGCAUACUAUCCAAAUGCAGCCUGGUGUAGUUGCCCCUUGGUUUUAUUCUUGAAUUGAUUAGUGAUCACUCUCCUUAGUUAGUGAGGAUUUUAUAACUCUUUGACUCUUUGUUUGAAGAUUGGUAGAAGAGUGUUAUAAAGGGAACUAAGACAGCCUUCUGGUUUUGCAGAAACCUGUUAUAUUCCAUUUAGGGACAAAAAGGACAGCCAACGGUCCUUCAGCUGUUCUGUGAGACUGGCUAAUAGCCCAAAAUGUACUCCCAAACACAAUGUCCAUGUCAACUCCAUACUAUUAUUGUCUUGAAAUUCAUAACAGUGCAUGACAUAAUGGAUGCGUUUCUCAAGGCAUCAUGGGUAUUUUGUGUGCGUUUGUCCGUUAGGUUGGGUGUGUGGAACACAGCGGCUUUAUUGGAGAGCAUGAUGUUCUUAAUCAGGUAGCCCAAGUGCUAGUACUGAAGGACCAAAAUAAUUUCGACAUAACUAACAGCUUUCGCAAGCGCUUGGUCAGGCAUGUAAGAAACCGUAUAGCAGUAAACGACUAUUUUCAGCUAAUAUGUUAGCAUGUACAGUAUUGAUGCUCCAGUCAACACCCUAAAACUAUUUCGUAAUACUGAUCAGCACAUUUUCUGAGUAGUACUUAUUGGCGUUUUAAAAAAGUGCUAUUUAAAUACCCUUUCAAAGUGGUGUUGGAAGCUAAAUAUUCUAUUAAGUCAACAUGUUUGUCACACUUUGGUUUUCAAUUCAUGCAAACCAAGUAAAUCAAGAUCUUGUUGAAUUAUACCAUCAUAGGAAUACUGCUUUAUUAAUAUUUACUAAACUAGGCUGGUCAACCAGGCAGCUUACCCAAUGCAGCCUAACACAAUAUAAACCCUAAAUCUAUGAUUGGAAUUUAAUCUUCUUGGUCAUUGAGAAAAUGUUUUGUGGGAGCCUAUUUCUUUUCUUUCUUUCUUUCUUAUACCUUUUUUUGUAAGACGACUCUCAUCUCGAAAAUACUGGAUUAAGGAAACACCAAAUGAUAAGUCAACCUUUCUCUGGAAAUGUAAGAUAUUAUAUAGUUGACUUUGUUGGAAUGCCAGAAUGAUCAGUCAUGCCGUUUUAAUGUAUUCAUCAUUCGUGUGUUUAGAGAUUCCCAAAUUUUUAAAAGUGCUAUGGAAUUUAAAACAAAAUUCUUUUUAUGAUUUUGUGUGUUCUUGAAAAGAUCAAUUUCGCAAUGUCUACUCAGACAAUAAAUAAAGCUGACAAAGUAACAUAAUGAUUCAAAAUUAUAUGAAAGCAAUAUUUACAUGUAAUACUACACUAUUAAUGCUUAAAAUAACUUUUAUUAAUUGUUACAAUUUGCUACAAGUAAUUGCAUUUAAAUGAGUGAAAUUCAAGGCUCACAAAAAUUUGAGAAACACAAAGUUGUUUGCUAUGAAUAGUUUGCUCUUUAAAUGUAAGUAGAUGUUUCUUUGUUACAUUUUAUGUAUGUGUAUUCUCAGAUAUUCUACCAACUGCCUUUGUUCUCAGUCAUGGGUAUAAUUGUCUGCUUUAUAAUAUUUCUGCACACUAGUUUUUAUCUUUAUUAACUUUUUCAUACUUCACUGUGUUUUGAAAUAAUUUGCUUGGAUGCCCUUCAUUAAAUAGUGUGCUAUCUCUUGGAAA